AUGUGUGCGAAUCGGUACGACUUUCUCAACUCUUCGUGGCUCCGUGAGGCUAUUGCGAACGACGCUGCCGAAGAAGAUGAUGAUGAUGAUGAUGAUGAUGAUGAUGAUGAUGAUGAUGAUAACAAUGGCCUCGGAGGACUCGAAUUGCCUCGCCGUUGCCGUGACCUGGCCGCAGCGAAGCUCACAGUGGAUGAGCAGCUUGUAACCCGUCGACAGACACAGCACGAAGCCUCGACUGCCGGCGCAAUGAACAAUGAACAGUUUCGAAAGAUGUUGCUGGCCAAAUCGGCCAAGCCAUCGCAAGGGACUGAUGCCUUGCCGAAUCAGCCGGCCAGCUCUGCGGGAGGCUUGUCCCUGGGAUCGCGACAACGAGCCAGCAUCCCCAUGACACCGUAUGUUCAGCAAUUCACAAACUACGAAGACUUAUUAUCCGUACUUACAAAAGAAAGGCGCGCCGUGGGCAAUUCACAGGACAUUUUCGCCAAGCAAAUGGCCCAGCGCAACCAGAAAGCGAAUCCGACGAAACAAUUCAAGGUCGCGGUACCGCGGGGUGUCAAAAUGGCGGCUGGAUACACUGAUCGAUCGAAAGAGCGAGAAACAGAGAGUGCCAAAGCUACCGAUGAUCGUGCUGAACGGCUAAAAGCCCUAGAGGAAUCCCUCAAGAACGAAGAAAUCGACACCGAGACCUACGAACGACUGCGAUUCGAGAUUGCUGGUGGUGACCUGGAGAGUACACACCUGGUCAAGGGGCUUGACUUUAAGCUUCUCCAGCGAGUGCGGCAAGGUGAAGAUGUAUACUCGGGCAAGAGCAAAGACGCCGACGCUACACCAGACGAGGAAGUUGAUGUCGACGACGCUUUUGAUCAACUGGAAAGCAAGGACGUCCAGGCAAUCGAAAAGGACAAGACGGAGAAGAAAAAGGGCCAGUUGUCUACCGUCGCCCUGGCCCCGGGCCAGAAGCGCACCCGCAACCAGAUUCUGGCCGAAUUCAAAGCUGCGCGAGCGGCGGCCAAGGCGCAGGCUGAGCCGGCAUUGAGCGACCGCUUCCGCAAGAUUGGCGCCAAGCAGCAGCCUGGCACACGCAUUGAGCGCGACCGCAAAGGCCGUGAGGUCAUGAUUAUUGUAGACGCAGAUGGUCACGAGAAGCGCAAGGUGCGCAAGGUGUAUCCCGGCGACAAGGUGGCCGACGCCGACAACGGGCUGCUCAUGCCAGACAAGGAUGCGACGCCUCUUGGCAUGGAGGUGCCGGAACCGUAUCGCGAAACGGAGCCCGUCGUUGAACCCGAGGAUGUUGACAUCUUUGAUGACGUGGGCGACGACUACGACCCACUUGCUGGCAUGGACGGAUCCGAUUCCGAUGCCGUCUCUGACGAUAAUGCAAAAGAGAAGACCACGGACAAGCCGGAGAGCCCCACGGCAGCCGGCUCCAUGGCACCACCACCGCGACCCAAGGCCCCGACAAACUACUUCCAGGGCUCCAAGACGGGCCUCCUCUCCGAGCAGGAGACCAAGACGCCGUCCAUGUCCGACCCGGCCAUGAUGGCCGCCAUCAAGCGCGCCGCCGCUCUGCGACCGCUCAACAAGGACGGCGACGACGACUCCGCCUCGGACGACGAGGCAAGGCAAAAGGCCAGAGCAGGCGAGGCGCGCCGCAAGAAGUUACUGGAAAACGUGGACCGCGACGCCGAGGACAUGGACAUGGGCUUCGGCACGAGCCGCUACGAGGACGAGGAGGACUUUGACGACCACGACAUCAAGCUGUCUGCGUGGGGCGAGGAAGAUGACGGCGACGAGGGCGGUGCCCGGGGCGGCAAGAAGAGGAAGCGCAACCGGAAGCGCAAGGGGGACGUGAAUAGUGCGGCGGAUGUGCUGAGGGUCAUGGAGCAGAGAAAAUCGUGA